AUGAAGUUUUCCAUAGGUUUGGCAGUAGCGCUCGCUGCAAGUGUAGAAGCGUCUAGUCGCAUAAAGAGGCAGUUCGGAUAUCCUGAUGCCAACCCCGUCGUCUACGCCGAGGCCUACAUCGUCAUCAACCCCAAUACCGUCUUCGUCUUCGACGCCCAAGCCGUCUUCAUCUUCAACACCGAAGCCAUCCUCUUCGCCCACUCCCAUACAGCCUUCUUCCACGAUUGUGUCCUCGACACUCGUCUCGAGCCCAUCUCCACCACGCCAGCCUACUACUUCGAGUCCAGCGGUACGAAGAACACGUUCCAAGCCUGUAGCGCGCUCUGCAAGGCCGAUAGCAAGUGCCUGAGCUUUGGCUACGGUGAAGCCAACUGCAUGCUUUUCGACGUUACUGCGUAA